AUGAAGGCAGCUCUUUUUAUCAUCUCUUUCGCCGCAACGUCCUGGGCUGCUGAUACCUGUGCUCAUGCCCCUGAACCACAAAGUGAUAAACCGUACGAUGAAGUCAUGUUCAAAAAUAAUGGAAUAAGAUAUGAAGCCAGCUGUGGGAAGGAUCUCCGGAUCAACUACGCUCCUCCACAUCCUGGCACUAAAUCUGGAGUUUUGACCGUGGUGUCGGAAAAUCAAGGCUUCAAGUCAAUUAUCAGGCUUAACGGCCCGAUACGCGGCACAGAUAAUUUGCAGGCUCCGAAUAGUGCCUUUUGGGCCAACUCUAAUACCGAUUGCAGAACGAAUUUUGAAGCAUUUACGCCCAUAAGCGUCACAUGCUACAAGGCAUAG